CACCUCCUUCCUCCUCUCUUUCCUCUUAACGCCACAGUCUUUCCUUGCCUCGCGAUUCAAUUCCAGCCUCAUCAAGAAGAAGAAAAAGGAGAAAUACCUGCCCGAAAAAAACAAAAAAGAAGGAAAAAACACCACCCAACCAGGAAUCAAAAUCCAGAUCUAGCUCUCUCUCCUUCCCGAUGGCAACUUCGGCUCGCGAAGAGAACGUCUACAUGGCCAAGCUCGCCGAGCAGGCCGAGCGCUACGAGGAGAUGGUUGAGUUCAUGGAGAAGCUGUCGGCCUCCAUCGACGGCGAGGAACUCACAGUCGAGGAGCGUAACCUUCUCUCUGUCGCCUACAAGAAUGUGAUCGGCGCCCGUCGCGCCUCCUGGCGCAUCAUUUCCUCCAUCGAGCAGAAGGAGGAGAGCCGCGGCAACGAGGACCACGUCAACAUGAUCCGCGACUACAGGACUAAGAUCGAGACCGAGCUCUCCAACAUCUGCGACGGGAUCUUGAAGCUGCUCGACACCAGGCUCAUCCCUUCCGCCGCCGCCGGCGACUCCAAGGUCUUUUACCUCAAGAUGAAGGGCGAUUACCACAGGUACCUUGCUGAGUUCAAGACCAGCGCCGAGAGGAAGGAGUCCGCUGAGAGCACCCUCACUGCUUACAAAUCUGCUCAGGAUAUUGCAAACACUGAACUGGCUCCAACCCACCCCAUCCGGCUCGGAUUGGCUCUCAACUUCUCAGUCUUCUACUAUGAGAUCCUCAAUUCCCCUGAUCGCGCCUGCAACCUCGCCAAACAGGCAUUCGAUGAAGCAAUCGCUGAGUUGGAUACCUUGGGCGAGGAAUCCUACAAGGACAGCACUUUGAUCAUGCAACUUCUCCGCGAUAAUCUCACCUUGUGGACCUCCGAUAUGCAGGACGACGGUGCGGACGAGAUCAAGGAGGCAGCAUCUGCGCCCAAAGGUGGCGAGGAGCAGCAGUGAAUCCUUUGCCGCCCGGAGCUGAGGAAUGCAAAUUAAAGCUCAACUUUCUCCUCUAAGCUUUUUAACUCGGAGAAGGUGUGGCGAGUGCCUCUUUUGUUGCUUCCAGGUUUUAGGCAAAAAAAUUAAUUAUUCCUGCCUUGGCUUUGGAUUGUGGAACGGACCAAGUCGUUCUUUUCUUUUUUCCUCCUCCGUUUUCACCUUUCAUUUUUUUUCUUCUUUAUUUUAAUUGUAGUUUGUCGUUUUCUACCGUGCCUACCCCUCAAAUGUGUCUCUUUUUUACGGAUUGAAGCUUUUUAUUAAUAUAAAUAUGCAUUGCUGUGUUGUCAUGCUCAGCUGUUGUUUUUUUUUUUUUUUUACAAAGAGACUCUGCAUUAUCCCCAAAAGCCAAGCCGAAGGUUAUAGAAGUGGGAAAUUUACAUUAGGGAUGGUGAUCCAAUCAACUGGUAACAGGUUUUUUGCACUUGAUCGGGCCACCCAAUUGACACUUACAUUACAUGCACGUCGAACAAAGGAGAUACCCACAUUUGGGGUUAGCUCAAGAACAGAGGCAACAAUGUCAUGCCUCGCAGCAACCAUCCACGCCAACCUUUUCUUGUUCCUCAAAUAGCAUCCACCAGCGUUUUACAAUCAGACCUGAUCAUGCAUGGUCGAAAGUCGAAAGUUCUCCAAUGCAAGCAAACAUCCUUGUAAUGCACUCGCUUUCGCUUCCAAAGCUGAGCUGCACAAUAGGGAACCAGCCUUUCCAUCACAAACCUCACCAGACACCAUGGGUGUUAGUAACGACUAUAUGUUGCAUCCUGGGAAUCGUGAAAGAACGAUCCAUCACAGUGAAUCUCAUAGUUGAGAUUACCUAAGGUGGUAGGGAGUGGGAUGGGAGUGGGAUAGCAGACUAGAAACAUUGAUCCCCUCUUUCCUCUUUCUAGGGCAAUUGUAGGAAUUCUAGCAUUGUCUUUGACGUGUAGGGGGCCAGGGGUUGAUAUUCUUGAAAAUCUUCUCAUUCCGAGCUUUCCACAUGUUCCAUAGAUAAUAUGCCAACAGUUGAGGAGUGUCAUUCUGGUAAACCUUCCCUACCGCCCUUAACCAAUCGAUCACUUCAGGGAAGGGGGCCGAAGGGCAAUCUCAGGAGCAAACCUUAUCCUCCUGGGAAACCACAAAAUUCUCAGCUCCUCCCAACCAGUGAUAAUCAUGGAAAGCGUGAUAGGCUGAGCUGACAUUAAAAUCCCCCAUCGUCAUAUAACGCCAUGCCCAGAAAUCCUCCAUUUCCUGUGAUCCAAUGGGAAUCAAACCAAUAGCUUGUUGAUCCUCCUCGGGGGAUCACCGAAUGCCAAGAGAUCCCACAAAUGAUUCGUAUGGUUAAUAAAUUCACACUAGUCCCAUGAUACAUCCACCUGUUUUCCUCAGAACCCAGGGCUCAUUGAAAAUUCGGGCGGAUCGUCCAUUACCAAUAAUCAUCGCUAAUCCCAUCCACUUCAUAACAUCACACAAACUUGCUCAAAUCCAGGAAGCUCUACUUCCUUUUCGAGCUUCUCUGAACUCACAACGAGGAAAAUACAAACUCUUCAAUAGCCUGACUCACAGAGCAUUUGGAGAAGAGAGGACCUUCCAAGCUUGCUUUGCAAGUAACACCAAAUUAUAGAAAUGAAACGGAGAGAAGCCAAGACCUCCUUCUUCCUUCAAGGCAUAGAGAACAUUUCCUGCUCUCCAAUGAAUAAUUUUCUUUGUU